AUGUCCAGCCUGGAUUCCUCAAAAUCUCCGGUCCCUCCAGCCGGAUCUUCCGGCGGCGGUAAUAAGUUAGAUAGUUUGUCAAAGGAAGAUCUAGUGAAAUUUGCAAAGAAGCAGGUUGCUCAUUUAGCUGAAAUGAAGAAAAACCAAGCAGCACUCAUGGAGAAACUGAAAACGAAAAUUGGAGAAUUGGAGCAGUUAAAGAACCAAUCGGACAAUUUGAAACUAGUAAACGAUAAGUUGACAUCAGAAGCGGCUCAAAAAGUUGAAAACAAUCCCACGGAGUGUACAGAAUGUCUUUCAAAAAGUGGAGCAUUGAUUGAUUUAGAAAAGGAAGUCGUCGAGUGGAAGGAAAAAGGAACUCGAGCAGAUAUGUUUUCUCUUGAGAUCCGUGAUUUGGAAUCCAAGAUGGACCAGUUGAAUCGAGCUCUGCGGGAGAAGACAGAAGCGUUGGUAAAAGCGCAGGAAGUGAUCACUGAAAACGAUUUAGCUGUUAAUAACAUGAAAAAAGAAUCAAGUUCUUCGAAAUCUUCCAUAGAAAAACUCACCGAAGAAAAUACUCGACUUUCAAAAGCGUAUGAAGACGAAAAAGCGAAGCGUGCUGAUUUUGAAGGACGCCUGAAAUCGGCCGAAUGCCGCAUCGCUGAACUUUCAGAUCAACAAGGGAACGAGAAGCUAGGGCUGGCAAGAAAAAUGGCAGAAAGUGAGAAUAGAGGAAGAAUUUUGGAAGAAGCAGUUGAUGUUCUGAAAGGCGAAAAGGAGAGACUAGCAUCGAAAAACGAAGAAUAUGCAUCGAAGCUAGAGGCUGCAGAAAAAGAGUUUGCAGAAUUCAAGAAAAAGUCUCACUUUGUACUUGAAAAGAAAGGAAAACAAGCGGAUGAAACAAGAAAACUAACCGAAGAUCUUGAGAAGGCCAAAGUGACAAUAGCUGAAUUGGAAGAACAAGCUGGUCAAACUAGACAAGAGCAUUUCAAGACCCUUGAGGACUUGGCUUUCUCUCGUGAUAAAAUGGAGAAGCUGGAACGAAGUUUGAAAGCUGUAAAAGCCGAACUAGCUGAAACCGAGAAGUCCCACUCCACUGCGAUGGAUGAGCUUCGGUCGAGUUCGUCAAAACUUAUUCAACGAUUGGACGAGGAGUUAAGAUUGAUGAGAUCAUCUCGUGACACUGCUGAACAAAAAAUAAAGGAUCUGGAAAUGACGAAAGAAAAAGUAGAUCAUCUUCUUCAAAAUGAACGACAACGGAGUGAGAACGAAAACGGAAGUUUGAAGUCGAAAUUGUCUACUGCCACGAAGCAAAUUCAGCAUUUAGAGAAGGAAGUUUAUGAUUUGAAAACGGAUUCAGAAAACCGUCGCAUUCAAAGUCAUCAACAACAGCAACAAAAAGCAAUCGCAGCUGUGGUUCCUCAACAGAUUCAACUCCCAGAACAUCCUAUUCCACCACAUCACUACCAACGACCAACAGUGGCUCCAUCUGAUUCAGUGUCAUGUUAUGAUGAGCAAACACAGCCUGAUCGAUCACUGGAGGAUGUUUUGUAUGGUGAUCUUGGUGAUGAAUAUAGUGAGUGGACAUAUUUUGUUUUCCGAUUUUACCGAUUGAUUACAGGAGUGGAAUCAGAUGAACUGUCAGAGGAGAAAUUCAAGGCAUUGAUCGAACAACUAGAUAAUUUGAAAAAAACGAAUCAUCAUGUUGCGGAACUCUUGAGCGAAGCGGAAACAACUAAUGGACGGUUGACUACUCAGAACUCAUUAUUGAAAGACGAAAUAAGAAGAUUGGAAAGAGAGGAAAAACGGGAGGCGGAGCUGUCAAACGAAAAGAACAUGGAGUACUUAAAAAAUGUAUUCGUUCAAUUCCUUAAACCAGAAAGUGUUCCUGCUGAACGAGAGCAAUUGGUGGUUGUUCUACAAAGAGUUCUUCAUCUGUCACCGAAUGAAGUGGACAUUCUAAAAGCUGCAUCAGCUCACAUGGCUACUGCUCAAACAGGAACAUGGUCAUCGUAUUUUACUGGAUGGACGGCAACAACUUCGUAA